CAGUUUUCUUACUCGAGCAGUGACAGAGAGACGCACGGGGAAAAACUGCACGUUCAAUGGCUAGCGAUGCGGCGUGGGGCUGAUAUAUCAUGGCUCUGGUACUACCUGUUUACAAUCGUUGACUCAUGUUUAAACACUGAUAAAAAUAUUUACAGGUGCUACCUCGCCUUUAAGUGACAUUUUUAAAAUACAUGUAAUGAACGUACGAGGUGGCCGGAGUGAUCCGCUAGUGUUAUUGCUGUGUUCGGAAAAACCGGUCGUCUGGAUUAGAAUACAGGAACAGAAUGACAUCUUUACGUGGAGGAUGUAGACUCGGGAACUGUCUAUUUAGCAUAUUGAUUGUGAUUUUUGUCUGUUAUGUAUAUGAAAUAGAUGCAAGUAGUUGCACUGAAACAUGCGAGGAAAAGUUCUACGAUAUACAAAUACAUUGCAAAGUGUACGAUGACAACGUAACGAAGUUUGAAACAGAGUUUGACACUAGAGGCAAUGCCACCAUGCUGUGUAGCUUCCUAGUUGAAUUGUUGUUGUGUGUUGGAAGAGUUGCACCAGUGUGUUUAGACCAAAUGUUCACCAUCAAGGAACCGUACUUCCAGAGUCCCUAUGACUGUCAUUUUAAUGACUCGGCAUAUUCAACAAUUCAAAAAUACAGGACAUGUGAACACCUGACCACCACUACAACCACAGUGGUGACAAAGUCUUCUCCCUCUACAACAUUCCAGGUCACUCAGAAACCAUCCAAGUCCUCCAGUAGUUUACCAAGUCGUACAUAUGACGCUUCUUCCUCCGUCACAUUCCAAACCUCCAAACCUACCAAUCAGCAUCAAAAGGAGUCCAACUCCUCCGACAAAACUGAUAUUAGCCGACUGACGCUGGUGACAUGUAUAGCGCUAGUAGUUCUUAGUGUGGCGUGUUACAGCUGAGGUCUGAACAACGUCAUUAUAUUUACAAAGGGUACAUCUAGGACCCAAAUGUCUAUUUGGAUCACACAACAAAUGGGCUUUUCUAUGUCUUUCACACCGCCAAACUAGUUACGUAUGAAGAUCACAUGAUCCAGCGAAGACUACUACAUGAUUUAAGAGUGUCGUGUGUUUGGGGUUUAUUAAGUUUCAACGCUUUGUAUUCUGUUAUGAUUUUAGUAUCAAUGUUAUGUAGAAUCUCUUACAUAUCUUGAUUGGUGAGUAAGAACAAAUAUGUCAGAAAUACGUUGGUUAUGUACGUACUAUAGAUGCACAUGCAUGUAAUCAAACAUUGCUAAAUCACAUUGAUGAUUGUAAUAUUUACACAUGAAGGCUUUACCUAAAACAAUUAUUCGUUUUAGCAGGGUUUUUGUAAUAUUAAAAGGAAAACAAAAUUAAACAUGUUUUAUGUGAACAUUAAACUCCAUACAAUUAAUGCUUUACAUAGGAACAAUAAAACCAUUCCAAGGAGUGACAAAUAUUAUAUGAACAUAUAGGUUGCGUGUCUAAUGAAUCUUUGUGAAUGACCAUAUUUAUAACAUUUAUAACAAAACAUUGUGUAUACAUGUAGUACCAUUGAUUAUUCUGUUGCUUUGAAAUUGAUAUUUUAUUUAUAUAUAUGAUUCAACGAUACAUUCCUUGCUUUAGCAUUUAUUCGAUGAUAUUAGAGAGUGAAGAUGGGCUUUAGAAUUAUUCUAUUAUUUGUGCAACUCUAAAGCGCACGUGCCCCUUUUUCAUUUAUGGCAUUAAAUGCAAACAGAAUCUCACACGUGAAAUUGCAGUAAGUCAAAAUAAUCAGUUCUUGAAUAAACUUUAGAGCUGAAUGGCUGUUUUAUUCGAAUUUUAUAUGCCACUGAAAUUUUUACGACAGAAAAUGAACUUGCAAGGGUUGUGCAAAACUAUCAUUGUGUCAUCUAUAGGGAAACAAAAUCAUUGAAAUACAUUUUUUGGUUCUCAGGUUUUGAGCAUACGCCCCUAGCUUUAACUAAACUUGAGUUUGGAUACUUUGUUAAUUCCUUUCUUUUUGUUUUUUUUUUAUACGUACCAUUGAAAGCGACCAGUUUUACUUGACUAAUCAAAACUGGCCCUGAAUCAUUUACUGUGCAGACAAUCAAUGCUUCAAUGGUGAUGAUUUUUGUUUUUAUAUGUGGCAGCUUCAAUAUAAUACACCAAAUAUGUACAUGUAUAUCAUUUCACGGCUACACACUGUAACUGAAUGACCUGAAUUUGUUGUAAAGUCAAAUUUGAGUGGCCUGUUGUUAAAUGAUUUUUAUGGUUAAAUUAAUAUGAGGGAAACGAGAAUUUGAAUAUGUUUUUAUUUUGAAUGCGCAUAAAAUUUAUAUAAAUGAAGUUGUAUUAAAAAGGUGCUUUAU